GCUGUCCCCUACCUGCCAGGGAAGCUCGGGAGAACCGCCGGCUCCGCCGCCGCCGCCUGUGCUGCUGCCGUCCAGGCGCCUUCCAAGACCCUCUUCUUUUAGACCAUGGCUCCUUGGCCUGAGGUAGAAAAUGCUCAGCCCAACCCCAAUAAAUUCAUCGAGGGGGCCUCGAGCCCACAGGCGACCACGCCAGCCAAGGACAAGGAGCCCGGUCAAAAUGAAAGUGGGACUCCAGUGCCCAAGAUCGAACUGCUGCCCUCCUACUCAACGGUGGCCCUGAUCGAGGAGCCCACUGAGGUGGAUGACCCCUGGGACCUGCCUGCACUCCGGGAUACUGGGAUCAAGUGGUCAGAGAGAGACACCAGAGGGAAGGUCAUCUGUGUCUUCCAAGGAAUUGGGAAGUUCUUUCUGCUCCUGGGGUUCCUGUACUUGUUCGUGUGCUCCUUGGAUGUGCUCAGCAGCGCCUUCCAGCUGGUCGGAGGGAAAAUGGCCGGGCAGUUCUUCAGUAACAACUCCAUUAUGUCCAACCCUGUGGCGGGACUGGUCAUCGGGGUGCUGGUGACUGUCAUGGUGCAGAGUUCCAGCACGUCCUCAUCCAUCAUCGUCAGCAUGGUGGCCUCCUCAUUGCUGACGGUGCGCGCAGCCAUCCCCAUCAUCAUGGGGGCUAACAUCGGGACCUCCAUCACCAACACCAUCGUGGCGCUCAUGCAGGCAGGAGACCGGAAUGAGUUCAGAAGGGCUUUUGCAGGGGCCACUGUGCAUGACUUUUUCAACUGGCUCUCUGUGUUGGUGCUCUUGCCCUUGGAGGCCGCCACCCACUACCUGGAGCUCCUGACCAACCUUGUGGUGGACACCUUCAACUUCAAGAAUGGGGAAGAAGCCCCAGCCAUUCUGAAAGUCAUCACAGAUCCGUUCACAAAGCUCAUCAUCCAGCUGGACAAGGACGUGAUUCACCAAAUCGCCAUGAAUAACGAGGCAGCUCAAAACAAGAGCCUGGUCAAGAUCUGGUGCAAAACUUUCACCAACAUAACGGAAUUGAACGUCACCGUCCCCUCGCCGGAGAACUGUACCUCUCCUUCAAUGUGUUGGACGGACGGCAUCAACACGUGGACCACCACGAAUGUGACCUACAAAGAGAACAUUGCAAAAUGCCAGCACAUCUUUGUGAAUUUCAACCUCCCGGACCUCGCUGUGGGCAUCAUCCUGCUCUUUGUUUCCCUGCUGGUCCUCUGUGGCUGCCUGAUCAUGAUCGUCAAGCUCCUGGGCUCCGUGCUCAAGGGGCAGGUUGCGGUCAUCAUUAAGAAGACGCUCAACACUGACUUUCCCUUUCCCUUUGCCUGGGUGACUGGCUACUUGGCCAUCCUUGUGGGCGCAGGCAUGACCUUCAUCGUGCAGAGCAGCUCUGUGUUCACUUCUGCUUUGACCCCGCUCAUCGGCAUCGGGGUAAUCACCAUUGAGAGGGCGUAUCCACUCACGCUGGGAUCCAACAUCGGCACCACCACCACGGCCAUCCUGGCUGCUUUAGCCAGCCCAGGCAACACCCUCAGGAGUUCACUGCAGAUCGCCCUGUGCCACUUUUUCUUCAACAUCUCCGGCAUCUUGCUGUGGUACCCGAUCCCGUUCACCCGCCUGCCCGUCCGCCUGGCCAAAGGCCUGGGCAACAUCUCCGCCAAGUACCGCUGGUUCGCCGUCUUCUACCUGAUUUUUUUCUUUUUCCUGACCCCGCUGGCGGUGUUUGGCCUCUCGCUGGCGGGCUGGCCUGUGCUGGUAGGCGUGGGGGUGCCCAUCGUCUUGGUGCUGCUCCUCAUCCUGUGCAUCAGGCUGCUGCAGACCCGCUGCCCACGCAUGCUGCCCCUGAAGCUCCGCGACUGGAACUUCCUGCCCUACUGGAUGCACUCGCUGAAGCCCUGGGACCGGGUCAUCUCCCUGGCCACCACCUGCUACCAGCGGCGUUGCUGCUGCUGCUGCCGGGUGUGCUGUCAGGUGUGCUGCAUGGUGUGUGGCUGCAGGUGCUGUCGUUGCAGCAGGUGCUGCCGGGACCUGGAGGAGGGGCGCGAGGAGCAGGACGUCCCGGUCAAGGGCCCCGAGGUCUUUAACAACGCAGUCACGAGCAAAGAGAUCCAGGAUGAGGGCAAGGGCCAGGUGGAUGCCCUGAGCAUGAAGACCAUGCCUACCAGCACAGCCUUCUAGGGGAGGCCCCGAGGUCCGGGAGAAGCCAGGGCCCCUGCGCUCCCCCCAUCCUGGCUCCAUCUCCUGCAGCCUCGCAGCGAUUUGUUCUUCAGCAGGAAGCCAAGCUGACAAUAGCCCCUGCUCUCCAGGUCUCGCCCUCCCACAAGACGCAGGGCGCAGAGGGGACACUGUGAACCUGGCUCCUCCAUGACCACCUCCACUCCCGAUGUGGUCCACUAGGAACUGCUUUCAAAAUCCAUCCUCUUCAGAAGAGAAAGGCCUAAGAGGCAUUAGGGAAGGUUCUCGAAGGGCCCUCUGUAAGGCCAUGUGUAUAUAUGUGUACAAAGAUCUCCUUUCUUGGCACAGAUCCCCAGCCAGCUCUCCUUUAUCAAAGAUCAUGCCCACCUCCCCCUUCCUCCACCCCACGCCCCGCCCCAUGAGCAGGUGGUAUGGCCGAAAUGGAGCACUGUUUGGGACCAUGGGAAGUCCCUCUUCCAGCGUUUGGAAAGAUGGUUUACCUGCCAAAGGGCUCCAGGUUCUUGCACCAGACCGCUAUUGAGGUCAAAUUUGCAGACAUUUGUGGCGGCAGCCUAAUGCCACUCUCUUGGUCAGUUAGAAGUGGUACUGUUGUGACUUUUGGAAUCAGAUGUGUGAGGCCUAGGUCCAAUCUCUCUCCCUCUUCUGCCACUUGGUACCAUCUGCUCAUGGAAUGGUCCUAUGUCUCCUGCUUCCCCCCUCACUUCUGGGCCAGCUUUUGGUGGUCGUUUUCACGCAUCUUUCAGGCAUGUGCCUUAACCACUGAGCCAUCUCUCCAGCCCCCUCACCCCUCCUUUGCCCCUAUAUCCAUCAUCAAAGUCUUCCCAAACUCUUCCCAGUUUCCACCAGUGAUUUUUCCAUAGCUUCCUCCAAGCACUAAAUUCCCCCAGGAGAAGGCAAUUGGAACAGGGCUGAGAACUGUGUGUACAGCGCAGUAAGGGUUCUGGGAUGCCAUGUAAGAGGGUGUGGGCCCUUUCAUCCUAGAUGCCUCCUUUAUGCCUCCCAGAGCCCUGCUUCAGUCACACGGCAGCUGCUCACCCUCAACCAUCAGCCUCGGGAAAGGAGGCAGUGGCUGUAACCCCUUCUCCCUCAGCCCACGCCGUCACCAUCUGAACAGGCUGGGAUGCUAACUUGAGCCCCUCUCUGCCCGCCAUGUAGAUACCCAUUCCCUAACAGAGCCAUUUAUAUUGCAUAUUUAUAGUCAUGCCCCUGUACAGCAUUUUCAUAAGUUAUAAUAGUAAAUAGUUGGGAUUUGUUUUAUAGUGCCUCGUUUGGAAAUGAGGCAGGGUUAUUUUCUGAAAUAUAGAGACAGAAUGAGCACCUUUGUAUAUUUUGUAAUGCUGCCUUUAAGCACACCUCUGUGGCCUCGCCACCUCUUCACAUCCUGUAAAUAUGUAAUUAAAACCCAGGCAGUGGCUCU